CUGUCACUGACUAAUAAUAAGGGUAUUGUUGAUAUUUGAUAUUUAAUGUCUUGUUUCAUAUCUUCUUCCACAUGUUAUUAUUUCUUAAUUUUACAACUACAUAAUAAAAGACCGUGAUUACAUUGAUUUAUAGUUAUAGUAUAGUAUAUCACUUCAUCACAAAGUCACAACUCUUGCUCUGCUCAUGAAACUAUAGAGCUAAGAUUUCUUACUCUCUCUUCACCUCUUACUGCUUCUGCAGAUCUUUAACUUGAGAGCUUCAUUGUUAGAAAAAAAACAAGCAAAUCUGCAUCAAGAAAAAAUGGAGUCUAUUGUAGUUUUACUCUUGUUACUCUUCUCUUGCUCAACAUUCACUUCCACAGAAGCCUAUGAUCCGUUAGAUCCAACUGGAAAUAUAACACUCAAAUGGGAUGUCAUGAGUUGGACUGCAGAUGGCUAUGUUGCUAUUGUUACAAUGUACAACUUUCAACAAUAUCGACAUAUUCAAGAGCCAGGAUGGACACUAGGGUGGACAUGGGCUAAAAAGGAAGUAAUUUGGAACAUGAUGGGAAGCCAAACAACAGAACAAGGAGAUUGUUCGAAAUUCAAAGCAGGAACUCCACAUUGUUGUAAGAAAGAUCCAACGGUAGUUGAUAUGUUGCCAGGAACUCCUUACAACCAACAGAUUGCAAAUUGUUGCAAAGGUGGAGUCUUGAAUUCAUGGGCUCAAGAUCCAAGCAAUGCAGUAAGUUCUUUUCAACUUAGUGUUGGUUCUGCCGGAACAACUAAUAAAACAGUAAAACUUCCGAGGAAUUUCACACUCAGAGCACCUGGUCCUGGUUACACUUGUGGUCCUGCAAAAAUUGUUAGACCAACUCAAUUUAUUACCAGUGAUAAGAGGAGAGUGACACAAGCCCUGAUGACCUGGAACAUUACUUGUACUUACUCUCAAUUCUUGGCUCAAAAGACACCAACUUGUUGUGUUUCACUCUCAUCCUUCUAUAAUGACACGGUAGUAAACUGCCCAACCUGCACAUGUGGCUGCCAAAACAAAACACAACCUGACAGUUGUGUAAAUCCAGACUCUCCACAUUUAUCUUCAAUAGUAUCAUCAUCAGGAAAACCUGCAAAUACACCUCUAGUUCAAUGUACAAGUCACAUGUGUCCGAUACGAGUGCAUUGGCACGUGAAGCUCAAUUAUAAAGAGUAUUGGAGGAUCAAGAUCACAAUCACAAAUUUCAAUUAUAGAAUGAAUUACUCACAAUGGAAUCUUGUGGUGCAGCAUCCCAAUUUUGAUAAUCUUACUCAGCUUUUCAGCUUUAAGUACAAGUCACUAAAUCCCUAUGAGGGCUUAAAUGAUACAGGUAUGUUGUGGGGAGUAAAAUUCUACAAUGAUUUUCUUUCAUCAGCCGGAUCAUUUGGAAAUGUGCAAUCAGAAAUCUUGUUUAGAAAAGAUAAAUCAACUUUCACAUUUGAUAAGGGAUGGGCCUUUCCAAGAAGGAUUUAUUUCAAUGGUGAUAACUGUGUUAUGCCUCCUCCAGAUGCAUACCCUUGGUCACCAAAUGCAUCUUCAAAACUUGUUUUUUCUUUAGUUAUUACACUCGUAGCCACUUUAGCUUCUUUAUUAAUCAUAUUGAAUUGAUCAUAGUAAAAUUCCAUUCUGCGUCAAAAUGUUAAAGAUGGUGUCAACCUCAUUGUGAGAAAUGCACAAGAAGCUGCCAAUGAAGCAAUAAAAAGAGAUGCAGGUGGAUGAAUAGUUGCCACAAGAAUUCUUUCCUGUUAUUUAUUCAAACCUUCAUAUAUGUAACAUAUUUUCUACUUUUGUGUUGUAUAAUUAUUUGAUAGGGAUGAUUAUGUUAAGUUACUUGCUUGGAUGAUUAUUUUUCCAAUCAGAGAAUAUCCAAUUUAUUUUUCGUGUUCA